AUACUUGGUGAGCGAAAGUAAAAAGUACAAAUGCAAAUUUUUGAGCAAUUAUGAAUAUUUUGCGGACGUAUUCGUACCCUCUUCUACAUUUCUGAUUUAUUAAAAUCCUCGCCGCCGCUUAAACCCUGCCCGCCACUCUACUUUCCAUAACUCGAUUCGGCUCCACCGCGGCCCUCCGCCGUCAGCCACCAAACAGUAAUAAGCUACACACAAACACUCACAUUUAUGGUGAUUUGAAAUUAAUAAGCAAACGAAGUCCUUACUCUCCAGUUCACCCCCAAAAUGUCGUUCCACUCCGUCGUGAUACAGAAACUCCUCAACGCGAACGCUCACAUCGGCCGCCGCGUGACCUCCAACCACUUCAAAAUCUACUCCGAGGGCACCCGCAACGGCGUCAGCAUCGUCGACUCCGACAAGACCCUAAUCUGCCUCCGCAACGCUUGCGAUUUCAUCGGCCAUCUCUCCCGCAACAAUGCGCGCCUGCUCUUCGUCAACACCAACUCCCUCUUCGACGAGAUCAUCGCGCAGAUGACAAAGACCAUCGGAAUCAAGCACGACACCACGUGGCGCCUCGCAGGCUUUUUGACCAACAGUUCGAGCCCUAGUCGGUUCCGCGGUCGGAACAAGAGGUUCAACAUCUGCCCGUCGCAGGCGCCGGAUUGUAUCGUGAUUUUCGACACCGAUAGGAAGUGCUCGGUGAUCAAGGAGGCGCACCGGCUGCAGAUUCCGGUGGUCGGAUUGGUGGAUUCGAGCAUGCCUUGGGAGACGUACAACAAGAUAACGUACCCUGUUCCGGCUAAUGAUUCGGUGGAGUUUGUGUAUUUGUUCUGUAAUUUGAUCACUAAGACCAUAUUGAAAGAGCGGAAGGAGGCAAUGGCUGAGAGGGGUGAGGAAGCUAUAAUAGGAGGAGAUGUUGAUGACCUGACUGAUCAAAAAACAGACAAGUUUGUGCUUGCUUAUGACCAUCUACCUGCAAUUCCUGAAGAUUUCUCAGAGACUAAGGAGCUCCUGGACAAACUUGUCAUAGUGAGGUUCAAUGGCAGUCUAGGGACCAGAAUAGGAUUUCAUGGCCCCAAGUCUACUAUGGAAAUUGGUGAUGGUUUGACUUGCCUUGACUUGAUAAUCAAUCAAAUUGAGGCUCUCAAUGCUAAAUAUGGAAGCAAUAUUCCUCUGCUUUUGGUUAAUACUGUCGAUGCACAUAGGAAAGUAUUAGAGUUCCUGAAAAAGCACCCGACUAAGAACAUCCAUUCUGUACAAGAGAGCAUGAUUGACAAACAAGAGGCAAGCAAGUUUUCACCUAGAUCAGCUGAUGGCCCAGAUAACAAGGAUGACAUGAAUGCAUUCAAUCUUGCAGAGGCCAUCCUCCCACUGGUAAAUAGUGGAAAAUUGGAUAUACUAUCAUCACAGGGUAAAGAGUUUAUACUAUUGCUGGGUUCAGAUAAUCUUGGCUGUGUCAUUGACCCCAAAAUCUUGAAUUAUCUUGUUGAGAAUGAUAUUGAGCUCUGCCUAGAGGUGACUAAAUCCUCUGAAAGGGAAGAGACCCAACAUUCACAGGAUGAAGCUGAGACUCCGAUUCUAACGCCGAAGAAGAAUUGCAGAUUUACUGAGACAAUGUGGAUAAGCAUCGAAUCUAUGGAAAGCCUUGUGGAAAACAAGAAUCUCGCCAUCUCCAAGCUUUUCGAUCAGCAUUUUGUAAUAAGUGUACCCAAUACAAGAUAUCUUCCACUUGAAGCAACAUCAGACCUAUUUUUGCUACAGUCAGAUCUGUAUACCUUUAUUGAGGACAAGCUGACUCGUAAUGCAACCAGAGAAAAUCCCGCUGACCCAUCCAUUCAAUUAGGACCAGUAUUUAGAAAUGUUGAUGACUUCAAAGAGCGCUUCAAGUCUAUACCAAGUAUUGUCGCACUUGACAGCUUGAAGGUGACCGGUGAUGUUUGGUUUGGAACUGGCAUAACUCUUAAGGGGAAAGUCAAUAUCCAUGCUGAACCCGGUGUGAGGAUAGUUAUCCCAGACGGUGCUGUGCUGGAAAAUAGAACGAUAACUAGCCAAGAAGAUCUUGGAGGAGUAUCCUCAUAAGUUGAUCGACAAGACAAUCGAGUGAACAUUUGUUGUUGCUGGAGUUACUUGAAGUUUGGCCAGACUAAGGAACAUUCUGUUAUCCAGUUAUCCCUGUUAGCAGGGGAAAGGAAACUAGCACCAAUAAUCAGAGUUGAUUUACUCUUCCAGCUUCCCAAGAGAAUUCUCAGAUAAUAUAUUGCCUCUUAUAUGAUUUGUCUUUGGAAUCACAUAGUAAUAAUAAUGUGAUUUAUUUCAACUUUUUUGUUUUGUUUUUCUGUAGCUUUGAUUUCAGUCUCCAAAGAAUGGUUCUUUUAUCUGUGCUUCUAUUGCAAGGAAAAUGAAACAUUAGUUAUACAGAGU